UAGAGUCAGGAACGACUAGCACGUAAUGUGUAAGGGGAACCUUUACCUUUUUCUGUUGUGUGAACCAAGUUUGUAAUUGUCACGUGAAUUUCAUUAUCUGUCUUUCUUCUCUCUUUGCAUGCCGGCUGCUUGUUCUCCACUCCCAGGAGGAGAAAAAUGAAUAUUUCCCGCUGCCUCUCGAUCGUCACAGCGUUGCUAACCCUGGUGGCCCUCAAGGCCUACAUCGAAUGGACGGCCGAGCAGGAGGAGCAAUACCCCGCGCCCCACGCAGCUCGGUUGCAAAGCGUCCCCAUCACCCCCUUCCAGCCCUUCGAGGAAAUCCCUCCGGCCUUUGUCUUCCAUCAUUUUAACGCCUCCUUGCAACAAUUCCGCCAGAGCAUCCCAAGGGCCAAAGCUUAUUGGAACGCUAAACAGCACAAACAUUUCCGGGCCUUGGAAGAAGGUUUAGGGGGCAACGCUUCCUGGAAUAAAUGCCCCAGUGCCAACCUGGAGGAGCUGGCCACCCAGAUCAAACAUUUCAACUCGUAUCCGGAGCUUUAUAAGAAUUUCAUUCUCUACGGGGACUGCAGGAAUUACUCCCUCCUGAUCAACGAACCCCGCAAGUGUGCCGAGACGAAGAAUGGCGCCUUCUUGCUCUUGGCCAUCAAAUCUGUCCCCGGCAAUUUUGCCGCCCGCCAAGCCGUGAGGGAUACUUGGGGGCAAGAAGGAGAACCCGGUGGUCUGGCUGUCCGGACUGUCUUCUUGCUGGGCACGGCCGAGGGGCAGCAGGGACCCCACCUGCAACCCUUGGUCCAUUUCGAGAGCCAGAGUUUUAGGGACAUUUUGAUGUGGGAUUUUGAGGACACUUUCUUCAACCUGACGCUGAAGGACUCCCUCUUCCUGCGCUGGACGUUGGACUAUUGUCGGGAUGUCCGUUUCAUCCUCAAGGGGGACGACGACGUGUUCAUCAACACCCCGAAAGUCUUGGGGUACCUAAGCUCGGUGGAUGCCAACGAACCCCUCUACACGGGGCAGGUGAUGUCCAACGCCUCACCUUUCCGGAUUCAGAGAAGUAAAUACUAUGUGCCGGAAUCAUUCUACGUGGGGCCGUAUCCAGCUUAUGCAGGAGGCGGGGGCUACAUCUUCUCCGGACCCCUGGCCCUCUUGCUGCUCCUCAUUUCUCGUCAUGUGGCCUUCUACCCCAUCGACGACGUUUACACGGGGCUCUGCUUCCAAGCUCUGGGCAUCCCCCCUCAGCCCCACGCCGGUUUCAUGACCUUCGAUAUUGCCGAGAAGGACCGCGAAGACCCCUGCGUGCACAGCCAGCUGCUCUUGGUCCAUCGGCGCAGCCCCCAGCAGACCCUCCGUCUCUGGAAGAAAAUCACCGAUCCGAAUCUCCGAUGCGGACCGGAGGUGUCGAAACCCCAAGCGGAACAGCCGCCGGGAUUCUAA